ACACAUUGGAAACUUGAGGGAUUAGUUCCCGAUUUUAAAGACCCCAGCCCGCCAGGCUCCUCCCCUCUAACUACUCUCCCUUCUCACUCUCAAGGUCACCGCAGAGCCGUCGUCGCGGCAGACCCAGCCCGAGGGGAACGUGGUCAUCAUCGUGCGCCUGAGAGAAUUGUCAGAGGCACAAUAGUCGCGUCAGAGGUCAAAUUGUCACCGUCUUUGUCGCGCGGAGAAGUAGAGGCAGAAUCCUAAGGAGAAUCGCGCAGCCUCCAUCCAAAUCUUCGUCGCCGGCUCCAGACUCCAGCGCGCUCUCCGUCGCAGCUUGCAGUCCGGUCUCCGGCGCCUCCAGCAAGAUCUGUCUUCAUCGCAGUCGUCAGCCUCUUCGCCGUCCGGUAUCCAGCAAGUCCGCCUCUCGAGAUUGAGAAGCAGGGGAAGGGUGUUCACCUUCUGUUAAAAGACCUUGGAUUUGACGUUUAUAGUUCUAAAAACCGGACUGAAUUGGUCGGUCGGACCGAUUCAACCGUAAACCGACAAUAAUAACGGUCCGAUCAAGCAUGUAAAACUGUAGAUUAGAAAACCGAUAAAAACCGUUGAACCGGUCGAGAACUGGAUAGUCAGACCGAAUCGAAACCUUGCCGGUUUACACAAAACGGAAGCUCCUUCGUUUCUUUCUCCCUUCCUCCCUUUCUUUCAUUCACAAAGAAAUCACACAAACCCAGACAAAAAACCCUAGCACUGUAAGCCUGCACCACUGCCGCAAGGAGUGGCAUACCACCGACGUCCGUCUCACUCAAAGUUCACCAUCCGUCUGUCUAUCUAACUUUCCUCGUGCUCCAAGUCUUCAACCCCUGUUCGCUGUCACCGAUCGCGGCUACUUCCUCGAGCUCGGCGUCCAUCGUCUUUGUCUGCUCAGCCGCUCUUCCGUCGCCGUUUGUUUGUCGUUCACGUUCGCAUUUUCGUUCAGCUGUCGUCUUCGUUCGCGUUCUUCGCCGCUCACGUUCGCGUUCACUCGCCGUUCACCAUUCGAGUUCGUCUGGAAGCCACGUUGCUCUGCUUCAAACUCUGCGACCACGUGUAAUUAUUAGAUAGAGGACAUGGGCAGGAACGUGGUGGUAUCAGCACUGCAGUUUGCCUGCACCGACGAUGUCGAUACCAAUGUUGACACUGCCGAAAGGCUGGUUAGAGAUGCUCAUAAACAGGGUGCAAACAUUGUUCUCAUUCAGGAACUCUUUGAAGGUUAUUACUUCUGUCAAGCACAAAGAGAAGAUUACAUUCAAAGAGCUAAGCCAUAUAAGGAUCAUCCUACAAUUCUCAGGAUGCAGGAACUUGCAAAAGAGUUAGGCGUAGUCAUACCAGUUAGCUUCUUCGAGGAGGCAAACAACGCACAUUAUAAUUCAAUAGCCAUAAUUGAUGCUGAUGGGAGUGAUAUUGGGAUUUAUAGAAAAUCCCAUAUUCCAGAUGGACCAGGUUACCAGGAAAAGUUCUAUUUUAAUCCCGGUGACACUGGAUUUAAGGUUUUCCAGACUAAAUUUGCAAAGAUUGGAGUUGCUAUUUGCUGGGACCAGUGGUUUCCUGAGGCAGCACGGGCAAUGGCGCUUCAAGGUGCAGAGAUUUUAUUUUAUCCCACUGCUAUUGGUUCUGAACCACAAGACCAGGGUCUUGACUCUCGUGACCACUGGAAGCGUGUAAUGCAAGGACAUGCUGGGGCUAAUUUGGUACCUCUUGUAGCUUCAAAUAGGAUAGGGAAAGAGGUAAUGGAGACCGAGCAUGGGAAUAGUGAGAUUACGUUUUAUGGAAACUCCUUUAUAGCAGGACCAACUGGAGAAAUAGUUGCAGCUGCUGAUGAUAAACAUGAAGCCGUUCUUGUUGCUCAAUUCGAUUUGGACAAGAUCAAAUCCCAGAGACAUUGUUGGGGGGUAUUUCGCGACCGGCGCCCGGAGCUAUAUAAGGUGCUUUUAACAUUUGAUGGCACCAAUCCUAUCGUAUGAUACAUUAGCAUUUCACUUUGUGAUUGCUCAAGAAUCAUAAUUGGGAUGCUUCAAAAUUCUACAUGCUUCAAGAGCACAAGGGUCACUCACAAGGAAAGCAAAGGAACAGCUUACAAAAUAUCAUCUGUCAGAUCAAUGUAACUUAAUAAAUGUGGAACUAAAAAUACUCGGUGAAUAAAUUAUUCAUUUGAAUAAUUUUGAGCGAUGUAUGAACAAUUGAACAUCACUCCGAGCAAUUUCCCUAUGGAGUCUAUUUUAACUGUUCCGGAUUUGCUAUUUAUUGUAAGUGCAUGUAAACGAAUAAAAAUAAAUUUGAAUCCAUGCAAGAAAUCAAUUUUGACUUA